CUGGUUGCGGUGUAUCACUUAUAUUACCUAUUUCGUUUUAAUUCCCUUAUGCGGCUCUUCGACGCUCUAUAAAGGUGCGCUGCGACACUGCCUGUCCCGCUUUCCCCACCGUGUCGCCGUCUUCUGUCCCCGUCUUCUCUCGCCUCUUCUGUCCCCGUCUCCCAUGCCCCGCUCAAUGUCCCCCGAGUCUGCGCCACAGAGCCCUAUAUAUCCCCCCACGCCGCCCAUCCACCCACACAUGCACUCCCGAGAACAGCGUCCACUGUCGCCCUCCUCCCUGCGCGAGCUCUCGUCCCCCUCCGCCGCCCUCUCCCGCCCCCCGACGUUCCCCUCCCCACCCACCGGCCACGACCUCAUGCUCCUCUUCCCCCCCAUCCCACCCAGCAUCCGCGACGUCGACAUCGUCGCCGGUGUCGACCGCCCCUUCGCCGAGCACCAGAACCGUCUCAGCGCCUUCCAGGAGGAGGUUCGCGUCCGCAUGAUCGGCGGCACAUAUGUGAACACCUCGACGUGGUUCAGCAGCCAGGAGCGCGAGUUCUUCAAGGGCUCGCUGAGGGAUCGCCCCGUGGGCAGUGAGGAUGUCGCGAUGGGCGUGCCAAUGGAGGGCGUCGAGGAGGACGGUGCGGUCGUGGAGGGCCGUGUAGAGGGCCGUGUGGGUGUCGAGGCCCAUGCGCGUGUCAUUGCUCGACGCGGGAGUGUGCCACGCCAUGAACAGAGUCGCGACGACCGCGAGCUCGGUGCGCCCCCGCCCAAACGCCGCAAGAGCGUCGACGCGAGUCCCUCGCCCUACCCGCAUCCACCACACCCGCCCUCGUAUCCCCACGCGCCCGCACACACGCUCCGCCUCGCCCCCUCGCCGUCCACCUCUCCCCCAAUGCAAAUACCAUACCCCGCGCCCCACCCACACACCCGCGUCUCGCCUCCCCCACAUCCUCCACACGGCCCCCACAUCCGCAUCCGCACACCCACCAAAUCCCACCCCCCUCCUUCCCCCUCUCCAAACCCCCAUCCCAGCCCCAACCCCGCACACCCGCACCCACCCGCCGCACCCCAACCACAAUCACAAGCAACGUCCCCCUCCUCGACUUCAACGUCGACCCCGCCGCCACCCCGCCGCCGCGCAGGGAAGUACACCAAGCGCGUGUUCGUGCAUCCCAGCUCGAGUACGGGGCCUCCGGCGGGGUUGGGGCUGGGACCAGCUCCGGGUGUUGGGCCGGGUGCGAUGAUGCAUGUGGAGGUCGGCGCGGGCGCGGGCAAAUGGGCCAGAUAGAUGGACUCCCCGACCCCGUCUUAUCUUGUCCUGCUCCUGCCCCGCUACCCAGCUCGAUACCAAUCGGUGCCGCUCUGUGCAUGUAUCAUUUUCCCUUCUUACAUUUCUCUUUUUUUCUUUUUUGGUUGCGUCGGUGUUGGUGUCGUGUCAUUUAGUUGACGGUGGUGGUGUUGAUAUAGCAUGAUAUUCCCUUUCUCUCCUCUUCUCCUCCCAGAACAGUCAUCCCUACAAGUACAAGUACAGCUACAACCACUCACAUCUACACUACACGUACCAGUAGUACAAGUACCGCACACUUUACACUACACGUACCAGUACACCCGUACAUCUACAAUCAAUCACACAGCCUUUCUCGUGCUCAUGGCACUCACUUCCUUCUUUUGCAACGCCCCCUUCAUAGAUACUGAAACGGAAAUGAAGGUACGUGAAAUGGCGUGAUCAAUCUUCGUGCGCAUU